AUGGUUCUUUGUUGUAUAUGCGGCGUUGGGAUCGACUCUGCAGUUACGACAGGGGCCCGUUGCGUGCAAUGCCUUCGCCGGGAGGUGGAUGUGGGAGCAGGGGUCAAUCGAAGAGCUGCCGUGCAGAGGUGCGGGACCUGUGGUCGCUGGCUUCGGCCCGGAGGGGGGUGGGCUGUCGCUGACAUGGAGAGCCGCGAGCUGCUGGCCAUCUGUCUGAAGAGUAUCAAAGGCAUUGGGAAGCACUUGCAGCUGGUGAAUGCCAGCUUCAUUUGGACGGAGCCGCACUCCAAGGAGCUGAAGGUGAAGCUGGAACUCCAGCAGGAGGCCAUGGUGGGUGUGGUGGUGCGGCAGGCGGUGAUUGUGGAGCUUAGAGUCAACAAUCUCCAGUGCACGGACUGCAAGAAGAGCUACACAAAGCAUACCUGGGACAGUUCCGUUCAGGUGCGGCAGCGCUCGGAGCACCGGCGGACCUUAAUGAUGCUGGAGCAACUGAUCCUGCAGCACAAGGCACACAAGAACCUCAUCCAGCUGAACAAUACAAAGGAUGGCCUGGACUUCUUUUUUAGCCGGGAACGUGAUGCGCAGGACUUUGUCGCAUUCCUUAAAUCUUGGGCUGUGGUGCGCCAUCACGAGUCCAAGCACCUGGUGAGCCACAACGCGCAGAACACCACGUACCGGUUCAAACGGACCACAUGCAUCGAAGUGUGUCCAGUUUGUCGGGACGACUUGGUCUACCUCCCACGAAAAGUCGCCCAGGCAUUGGGUGGCCUGCCGCCAUUGAUGCUCUGCACCAAGGCCGCCUCCCAGCUCUGCCUGCUGGACCCUGUCUCCAUGCGCUCGGUGGAGGUGGCCGCGGAGUACUGGCGCAAGCCCUUCAACUCCGUGGGCCUGCCUGCUCACAUGACGGAGUUCGUGGUGCUGGAUGUGGAAGACGGGUGCGCAGGCCGUGCAGGCGCCUGCGAGGUGGAGGUGGCAAGAACUUCUGAUUUUGGGAAGAACGACGAUCGCGUGCUGGUGCGGUCUCACCUAGGUGGUGUACUUCAAGUCGGGGAUGUGGCCUUGGGCUAUGACCUCCGGACAAUGCAUUUAGGCAUCGAUGAAGAAGAGAUGGAAUCCGCCACUUCGGAGGUUUUCCUUGUGAAGAAGAAGCGCCCAGAACGCACCGUUCGCAAGAAGCGCCCGGGCAAAGGCUCGAGUGUGGCGGCCUCGCUUGCCAAGAGGGACCGGAACCAGGAGGCAGAAGCUGAGAAGGCCGAGCCCGAAGCCGAGGAAGAGGUUGAGGAGGAGGCAUUAGCAAUGCAUGCAGCUGCGGAUGCUUGGUUCGCACAGCUGGAUUCGCAGUCUACGACUUCCGGGACAGAGAGGGAUGGUGAAUCCCGUCCAGCAGAGUCUGAGGCGGAGAAUCAGCACAGCGCUGGUUAUCCAGACCCUUCUGGUUUGGACAAAGGCGAGCCGGCGCAAAACGCUGAUUUGCCAGCCGCAGAGUGA